CACUAUCAAAACACUAUCGUAUUUUUAAUCAGUCCAUAUAUAAAUACUGCAUUGAAAUAUAUAAUCAUCAUAUACCACUGUAGAAGUCACUCGAAGUCUGUUUAAAAAGAAAAAGAAAUAUGUUCAAAAGUGUUUUGUUAUUCGGGUUCGCAUUUGCGUUAGCUAACGGUGACCCGAUCCCGACCUCAAGGGUGCUAAGAAAUGGAGAAUUCAAUAGAUAUUACUUAUACAACAGACAAGUUUCCGCAAGCGGUGUUCAGCUUACAGUGACUGGUACACCAAGCACUGACAUAUUACCCGGUGUCACUACGGUGGUUGUCAUCCAUGGCCACGGAGGGACCUACCAGGCUUCACCGAACCCUGAUAUAAGGAGAGAACUUCUUGAACUCGAAGAACAUGUGAACGUGAUAGCCGUGGAUUGGUCGAUUUACGCAUCUAUGUCGUACACUUCUGCCGAUAACGCAAUUAUGAGUAUUGGCGAGCAUAUAGCGUCCUUACUGGUCUUCCAAGAUAUACUUCCGGGAAAUGUUCAUAUAGUUGGCUUCAAUCUCGGAGCUCACAUCGCUGGAGUGGUCGGCAAAAGCCUGAGAGGAAUAGCUAGGAUUACAGGCCUGGACCCCUCCACAACCACCACGCCCCUCGCCAGGACCGACGCUCUAUACGUGGAGGUGAUCCACACGGACGGUGGUAGUGCCCUCUCCAACGGCAUGGGGGUCAAGAUGGGCCACGCCGACUUCUUUCCCAAUGGCGGUAACUGGCAGCCAGGGUGCGCCACCUUGGAGUGCAACCACAACCGCGCCUGGCAGUAUUUCACUGCUUCUAUAAAUGACAACCCCUUCUUGUCCUACUGCUGCAAUAGUAUUUGGGAGAAGGACGUCAAUCUAUGCACUGGAACGCAUCUGUCUAUGGGGAAUAACAGACUGUCGAAGACACCUUGUCAGAGUGGUAUUUAUCGAGUGAACACGGGCAAUUCCUACCCUUACUUAUAAACAAAUAAUCAUGUUUAAUUCUUGGAGGGGUAUUCAGAGACUUCACGUUUCCCACGCCAAGAUCACCUGAUUCACAUCGUUGUAUCAUAUAAUACUAUUUUGUUAGAUCACUGUUAUGUAUAUAUAUACAUACAUAACAGUGAAUGUAUAUAUAUAUAUAUACAUAACAGUGAUCUUACAAAAUAGUAUUAUAUAAUACAACGAUGUGAAUCAGGUGAUCUUGGCGUGGGAAACGUGAAGUCUCUGAAUACCCCUCCAGGAAUUAAACAUUAAACGUAUAUUGUAUAUUAAACGGAAAUUUGUUUAUUUUUAAUAA